GGCCCCGGCGGCGGCGCAGGACUAUGGACCCGGCUGAGGCCGUGCUUCAGGAGAAGGCCCUCAAGUUCAUGCCCCGAAUACACAUGCCAAAAGAUGGAUUCCAACUUAUAUCUUCUGGAUACCAAGCAUGGCUAAAGCAGUGCUCUAUGCCCAGAUCUCUGUGGCUGGGCUGCUCCAGCCUGGCGGACAGCAUGCCCUCGCUGCGAUGCCUGUAUAACCCAGGGACUGGCGCACUCCCAGCUUUCCAGAAUUCCUCUGAGAGAGAAGACUGUAAUAAUGAUGAGCCCCCUAGGAAGAUCAUUCCUGAGAAGAAUUCACUUAGACAGACCUACAACAGCUGUGCCAGACUGUGCUUAAACCAGGAAACAGUAUGUCUAGGAAGCACUGCUAUGAAGACUGAAAAUUGUGUGGCCAAAACAAAACUUGCCAAUGGCACUUCCAGUAUGAUUGUGCCCAAGCAAAGAAAACUGUCUGCAAGCUAUGAGAAGGAGAAGGAACUCUGCGUCAAGUAUUUCGAACAGUGGUCCGAGUCUGACCAGGUGGAGUUUGUGGAGCACCUCAUCUCCCAGAUGUGUCACUACCAGCACGGACAUAUAAACUCAUACCUCAAACCCAUGUUACAGCGGGACUUCAUCACUGCACUGCCAGCUCGGGGAUUGGAUCACAUUGCUGAGAACAUUCUGUCAUACCUGGAUGCCAAAUCGUUGUGUGCUGCUGAGCUGGUGUGCAAGGAGUGGUACCGGGUGACAUCGGACGGCAUGCUGUGGAAGAAGCUCAUCGAGAGAAUGGUCAGGACGGACUCCCUGUGGAGGGGGUUGUCAGAGAGGAGAGGAUGGGGACAAUAUCUAUUUAAAAAUAAACCUCCUGAUGGGACUGCACCACCCAACUCCUUCUAUAGAGCACUUUACCCCAAAAUUAUACAGGACAUAGAGACAAUAGAGUCAAACUGGCGGUGUGGAAGGCACAGUUUACAGAGAAUCCACUGCCGAAGCGAGACGAGCAAAGGGGUUUAUUGUUUACAGUAUGAUGAUCAGAAGAUAGUAAGUGGCCUACGAGACAAUACUAUCAAGAUCUGGGAUAAGAAUACAUUGGAAUGCAAGCGAAUUCUCACCGGACACACGGGUUCUGUCCUGUGCCUCCAGUACGAUGAACGGGUGAUUAUUACUGGAUCUUCAGACUCAACAGUCAGGGUGUGGGAUGUGAACGCAGGUGAGAUGCUGAAUACACUGAUUCACCACUGCGAAGCAGUACUGCAUCUCCGCUUCAAUAACGGCAUGAUGGUGACAUGUUCCAAAGACCGUUCCAUUGCUGUGUGGGACAUGGCUUCACCAACAGACAUCACCCUGAGGAGGGUGCUAGUAGGGCACCGAGCUGCUGUCAACGUAGUGGACUUUGAUGACAAGUACAUUGUAUCAGCAUCAGGUGACAGAACUAUAAAGGUAUGGAACACUAGUACCUGCGAAUUUGUGCGCACCUUAAAUGGCCACAAACGAGGCAUUGCAUGUCUGCAGUACAGAGACAGGCUAGUAGUGAGCGGCUCUUCAGAUAAUACUAUCAGGCUGUGGGAUAUUGAGUGUGGGGCAUGUUUACGAGUACUGGAAGGCCAUGAAGAGUUGGUGAGAUGCAUACGCUUUGAUAACAAGAGGAUAGUCAGUGGGGCAUAUGAUGGAAAAAUUAAAGUAUGGGAUCUUGUGGCUGCUUUGGACCCCCGUGCUCCAGCAGGGACCCUCUGCUUGCGAACCCUUGUGGAGCAUUCUGGAAGAGUCUUUCGACUUCAGUUUGACGAGUUCCAGAUCGUCAGCAGCUCACAUGAUGACACCAUCCUCAUCUGGGAUUUUCUGAAUGACCCAGCUGCCCAAGCAGAAUCCACUCGUUCCCCGUCCAGAACAUACACCUACAUCUCAAGAUAAAUAACACUACACUGUACCUCACACUCGCACAGGACUCAUUUAAGCUGCAGUAUUUAAAUUAUCUGCCAAUGCCAGGACAAAAGAACUAUCCACGUAACCAAUACUUGCUGAAGAGAGAGGCUCUCAGACUUGUUUCUGGAACAAAGUUGGCAUGCGGUUGAUCUCAGACAGGGUCUACUCAGCGCGGCUGACUGCUAAAGUGCUGCUAUAUCAGAAGAUGACUUUUAUCUUUCAUGAACAGUUAACAUUUUUAAACCUUCCCAUCCCUUUCCUCCCUCAUCCCCCUCUUCCUGUUCACUCCUCUUCCCUUUACCCUGUUUGGUUCCCCUCCAAACCCAGUCACAGAUGUCCUAUGAAUAUAUUUAAGAUGUUGCCAGAAUGUGUUGCUUUGCUGUUAAGCAGAAGACUUAUAGCAUAGUGCAUCCUGCUGAGAGAGUCAC